AUGAGAAAGAGAGGGAGGAGGAGGAGCCAGAGAGGAGUGGGAAGAGAGAGGAGGAGUAGAAUGAGUGAGGAGGAGAAGUGUGAGAGGAGGAGUAGGAAGAGUAAGGAGGAGGAGUGUAAGAGGAGGAGGAGUGCGAGAGGAGUAGGAAGAGAGAGGAGGACGAGUCAGAGAGGAGUAGGAAGAGUGAGGAGGAGUAGGAAGAGAGGAGGAGCAGGAAGAGUGAGGAGGAGGAGGAGUGAGAGGAGAAAGAGGAAGAGAGAGGAGGAGAAGAGGAGUGAGAGAGGAGGAGGAGGAAGAGAGAGGAGGAGGAGUGAGAGAGGAGGAGGAAGAGAGAGGAGGAGGAGGAAGAGAGAGGAGGAGGAGGAGUGA